AUGACAAAACUGAAAAAUCCGGGGAAAGAUAAUUUAAACACAAAACCAAUUGUAUAUACAUUAUUGAUUUUAUAUUUAAUUUGUGUUUUAGCAUUACAUUUAUAUGAUAAAUUAUUUGAAGAAAAUAAAGAAAUGGCAACCUCCAUCUCAACAAAACAAUUUACAACAAAAGAAGUCAUUCAAUUCUUAUCAAAAUUUAGUGCAUGUGAUGUUUCAGAUUCACUUAAUCAAUUUGGAAUUUCGAAUGGUGGAUUUAUACCCAACUUAGUUAACCGAUCACCGGUAAUAACAAGUAAAACAAAAACUUCAGCUGUUGGUAAAGCUUAUACUGUGUUAUAUGCUCCCAAAUCUGAUCCAAGACCUGCAGUAAAACAAUCAUACAUUGAUCAAGUACCAGAGGAUUCAAUUGUUGUUAUUGGAUUACCUUUAAAUAUACAACUAACAACAGCACCUUAUCAAAAAAUUAAUAAUGCAUUAUAUGGAGGAUUAAUGUCAACUAGAGCUCAAUAUAGAAAAGCCAAUGGUUCAGUUAUAUUAGGAAGAAUUAGAGAUUUAGAUGAACAUAAUGAUUUGAAAUAUCCAGUUUGGUCAUAUGGAGUUGGAACAAGUGCUCCUGGCCCAUUAGUAAAAGUUGUUGGAAUAAAUGUUCCAAUAGAAAUUAAAGUUUCAUCAAUUGAUUCUGACAAGGAUGAAGAUAUAUUAGUUAUUAAUCCUGGUGAUUAUAUAAUUGCAGAUGAAAAUGGAGUAGUGAAAUUAGAAGAUAAUGAAAAUUUGAAUAAAAUUUUGGAUUAUAUACCAAAAAGAGUUGAUGCUGAUAUAAAAGUUAGUGAAGAUAUUAAAACUGGUAAACCUGCCACUGAUUCCCAAAAAUUUUGGCGUGGUAAAAUUUGA